UGGACAACUCUAUACGAAAAGUAUCGAAGGAAAGGGCGUGAAGGUAAUUUCACACUCUCCUUCCAUACACAACUUUAUGUGAAAAGCAUUAAAGGAAAGGGCAUGAAGGUAAUUUCACACUCUUCUUCCGUAGACUGUUAUUCUUCCUUAGACAGUUCCAAAUAGCAGAGAGAUGGAAGCAGAGUAAAACAGUAACACAUGGAGAGGAGACGCAGAGAUUGGAAAGCGGGAAGAGCUCAUCUUCCCUCUUCUUCUUCUUCUCAAUCUGCCAAUUCCACAUAUCAACGACCGAAAUUCCCCUCAAAUGCCUCUAGAAAUCCAGAAAAUUACAACCGUAAUCCUUCCACUGGCAAACAGAGGAUCAAAGAAGGCGAAGAUUCUUGCAAUCUUCCCUCCGUAAUCGGAACCUGCCCCGACAUGUGCCCAGCAAGGGAAAGAGCCCAACGUGAGCGACUCAGAGAUUUAUCUGUGUUCGAGAGGUUAAAUGGGAAUCCAGGGAGAACGUCUUCUACCCUUGCUGUCAAAAAGUUUUGCAGAACUAUGUCUACCAUGGAUAUGCAGGCAUCAGACGUGCGGCCUCUCCCAGUGUUACGAAACACAUUGAAGUACCUCUUCAACUUAUUGGACUCUUCAGAACAACCAUUUGAAGUAGUUCAUGACUUUGUCUUUGAUAGGACAAGAUCGAUUCGACAAGAUCUUGGCAUGCAGAACAUCAUUAGUGAUCAAUCGAUUCACAUGUAUGAGGAAAUGGUUAAAUUUCAUAUCAUAUCGCACCACAAGCUUAUGAGAUGUAGUGGCGACUCCAAUAUUUCUUCCCUGCAUUAUCUGAACAUGGAGCAGCUCAUGAAAUCUCUUGUAUCUCUUUUUGAUCUCUAUGACAUCAAUCAAAAGUCCAGCUCCAUUAACAAGAAUGCAGCCGAGUUCUAUUCAUUUUAUGUACUUCUGCAUCUUGCUCCUAACAGCCAACCAAUGGGGGAGUCACUAUCUCUGUGGUUACGGCAACUGCCCUCUACAGUUAUUAAGUCGAAGGAAAUGUGUUUUGCUCGGAGUCUUUUAAGGCACUCUAGAAUGGGCAACUACAAGCGUUUCUUCAGUAUCAUAGCAGCAGAGGCAUCUCAUCUUCAAUUCUUCCUUAUAGAGCCUUUCAUCAAUGAGGUUCGUGCAAUUGCAUUGUCUUAUAUCAACCACGGGAACUACAAGCUUCAUCCAUACCCUCUGGCCCACCUGUCUGAACUCUUGAUGAUGAAGGAGUCCGAAGUGGAGUCCUUAUGCAAUGCUUGUGGGCUUGAAACCAGCACGGAUGAAGCAGGAAUUAAGCUUGUGCCCACUAAGCAAACGGGUUUCUGUCUGCCCAAAGGGGGGUUCCAAAACUACAGCUUCUUGGGUUUGGAAAGAUUGCAGAGGCAAGCUGCAUUCAAUGACGCCAGACAAGCUGCCAAUACCGAGUGAGCUGAGCUGCAGAAUGUGUUGCAUCACCAUGUUGGAUUUAUAUUAAUUCAUUGAAGAAUUACCGCAAGUGGGCCACUAUUUAGGCCCCACCCUGAUUGAUAGAUUACCCCACCCUCUACCACUUUUAGUAAUUGUGAUGGUACAAACUUGGUAAUUGUGACGGCGCUUUUAAGUGUGUAUUUAUAGGCCUUGGUGGGUGCCAGCGUCAAUCUACUUGUUGGAAUUGCCUCCGGUGGCACUGUAAGAUGUAGAUCUAUGUCAGCUGAUAACUUGAAAUUGUUAUUUGCUCCGGAUGUUAGCGAUGAUGGCAGCGGACCUAGAAUUUCUAGUGACAGUGGGAGUUACUGGGCUAUGGAGGACUAAAUGUAGUAGAAUUCUUCUUUGGAAUUGAGGGCAAGCGCUAUACAAAUUUAGUCUCUGAUGUUAUGCCUAUUAUGUUUUUAAAUUUUCUGCUGUGUUUGUACCUAAGUUGUUGUUCACUUGAAGACUCUCUAAGGCCUUUCAUGAUUCAACUCGAUAUUCUAAUAAUUGAUAUGUAUAUUAUUUUGUGAGAUAA